GCUCAGUUAGUGCAGGGAAUUAUAACGGAUAUAAUACAUUUCUGAUUUUCACGCGUGACAGGAAACUUAUAAUGCAUUUGUUCAGUAUCUGAAACGAUCUUAUUGAGGAAGCAUUCACCCUACACACAUAUUAGCGCUUAGACCGGCCUUCAGUCAGACUUGAGUAAUAUGAGCGAAGUGUUAGCGAGAGGAACUUUUUAUUCACCCAAGCUCUAGUGUAAAACGGUGCGUUCUUCAUUUCGUAUCGUACGCUGUCGAGUGUCAGGACAAAAAACUCCGUUACCAAUAUGGAAUACCAGAUUAAAGUGUGUAUUGGGGCAAUCCCAGUGAUUAUAGCAUUGGCUUGGACUUUCUUAGGGUCGAACCCAGGGGACGGCGUUGCACGGAUAUUGAAAGUUAAGCCGGACGAGGCCGAAUACAUGGGACAGGCCCCAAGGGGGCACAUGCUUCCUUACGGACACCAUGUCGAGGAGCCAAAGGCCAUCGUAGAGCUAGAUCAUUUUCCUGAUCCAGAGACUUUUUAUAGGGAAUAUGUUCACAAAUCCGUCCCUUUGGUGGUUCGAGGGGGGUUGAAUCACUGGCCUGCAGUGCAAAAAUGGAAAAGUGAAGAUUAUUUGAGAGAGAAGUUUGGAGGGAAUGUGUUUCAAGUUAUGUAUAAGAACACGACAGCCGACAAGGAGCAUUACUCUUUCAUGUCUAUGACUAUGGACAUGUUUCUGGAUGAUUACAAGAACUAUAAGCUAUACUUGGACUCACAGAUAUCUAUAGAAAUGGCAGAGGACAUAACCUUGCCUGGUUACUUUGGAUGCGACCACUUUCUAAAGCUGAUGACUGGGGUCAACAUAUUCUUCAAUUCGGGUUGGUCGAGCACCGAGAACCACCUAGACAUUACGGAGACGUUCUUCGCUCAGGUGGUUGGCGGACGACAGUGGAUCCUGACGCCCCCGCAAGACGGACAAUAUCUGUACACAGACAACUUCACGUGGCAUUCGGGUAUAUCCCCUGUGGAUAAAGAAGCAGUAGACCUGUACCGUUACCCGGACGUCGCUAAAGUGGACAUUUAUAACGUCACAGCCUACGAGGGGGACAUCGUGUACUGCCCAGAGGGGUGGUUCCACCAGGUCAGCGCAGUAGGUGGACCAAACAUAGCCAUUGCCUGGUACCUCUAUGACUACGACUGCCAGACUAAAUGCCAAAUGACCACGUACCAAACCUAUGUAGAAUGCUGUACUGACAUACGGAAUAGUAGACCGGAUGAAAUUUCUUGCGACAUAAAACCGGAAGAGAUGCCUCUGGCUACAUUGCUUCGUGCGUACGUCGAUGACGUGCCAUUUGCGGCAGAUCUGGACGCAGGAACACUGGAAAUAUUUUCUCAACCAGAACCUUUCCAGUUAAACAGUGGAUAUGACAUGCCGAUACUAGGCCUUGGANAAGAAGGUUGGAUUCUCAAGGGAUUCUCAUCAACAACUGCUCGUAAAAGCCUUCUGUUCCGCACCAGUUUCCAUCAUAAGAAUUAUCUUGCUUAA